ACUUGUCUCUCUCCAUUUCCGCCGUGGUCAUACCUAGCAUGCCUCUGGCAGGCAGGCACACACGUCCUAGCUCUUCACAGCCAUACCGGAAGUGAAAAGAGACUCCUCCCACUUCCGCCUGUGGCUGUGCUCCCGUGAAACCCCAGUUCUUUUUCUCGCUACGCAGGUUACACACACGCGUUUCUAGCUCCGCGUUUUUUCGCGUUUACUUCUAUUACAAGUUUCGUUGAGUGUUAAUAGACAUGUCUAGUCUCUAAGUUCUUAGUUUCUUUGCUAAUACACUUCUUGGAAGUGUUUUUUUCGUGCGUGAGGAGGUUUGGUCGCGUCAAAUCUUACGCAGCUCCGACACGUGUGACGGGCAACAUGUCCAGGCACGCAUCCGCCCCCUCGCCCCUGGAAUCUUCGACGGAAGCUGAGCGCUUGUUGGCGUUGUGCGAGUCUCUUUGUUUCCGGAGAGUAGCCAGCAAAACGAGCUACUACUAGGUGGGCGGACACCCGUGGCUCCGCAGGAGUGGAAUGACCAGCAUCCUCCCAUGCUAUUGACGUGCGGUUGACCGACCGUUUUUCGGCAGAGUUUCCCGCGGCGGUUUAAUAGGAGAGCGGCACGUCGCUCAGAGAGUCAUCGUUCACCAACAUGUCGAGCCGUGUCCGCGUUUUUUCGGGUAUUCGUAGUAGUUAUCAGCGGUUUGUUUACAGCGACGUCUAGGCUUCGUCUCCUCGACCGCUUCGGCAGCAUGUUCCAACCGCCCGCGGGCCCUUCCGCCUUUUAUCAGGUAAGUUUGUUUCCGCGGCAUACUGUCGCCGCGCGUAGUCCUCACUACGCCCCGUCUUGUGACCGAUAUGUGUUUACGGAAAUUUCCCGCAGUAUUUUUACUUGAGCAGCUCCACUUCCGUGUUUGUAUAGUGGCGUGUAUCCUCGCCUGUCACGCGGGAGACCGGGGCUCGUUUCCCGACACGGAGCCAGGAAGCAGAUGGGUAUUUGAGUAGUCACGGAGUGUCUAUGAUUCAUUAUCCUUCAUUACCAGGUGAGCAAGCUCGUUUGAGUCCUGGUCAUUGUUCAAAUUAGUUUCACGUCAGGGUGUUUUUGCUCGUUCCUCGAGCGACAUAUGCACAGAAGCUGAGUGCUGUUUUGUCGUCACUAUAUUGAAAGUGUUUAAAUGCUGUGUCCCAAUCCACGUGCAUACAUUGCUAUGAAAGUGUUUCAGGUGAGCUACGCUCGCACCACAUUCCUGCCUGGGCGGAGACGUUUGCAGUUCCACCGAGCCCACUUCGGCAGGGUAGCGCGGAUGUGCUGCCAACACAAUAAUGGUGCACCAUGUGACACCUUUGGGACACAACAGCAGAGAACCCAUUCCAACCAGUCUUCCUCGGAAUUUGGUCAUGGGUCACAGCAGCAUGUAUCAGGUGUCAGCGGACACGAGAAUAUAUCUGAGAUGUAGUGCGGCCUUUUCGGAGCCCGACGAUUCUCACACAGCCGGCAUGCAGACCGGGAGUGUGACUAGUAUCAGCCGUCGUUUCUUGCUCAGCUGGCAGACCGCCAUCAAGACGUACGCAGGGCCGUUUAUGAGCCAUGCUGCUGGAGACUGCAGGCCUAGGCCACAUAGAAUCAUCCUGACUGGCGCUGCAAUCGUCUACGGUUCCAGGGCGCCUUCCGCUGAGCGGACACAAGCACCGAAUGCAGCGAUGGUAGGUUCUGCAUUGGUAUAUGCCCGCCCUAAGUUCUUCGGCCAGUACUGCAGCUGGAUUCAAAGUAACUGGGGUUUCACGGGAGCACAGCCACAGGCGGAAGUGGGAGGAGUCUCUUUUCACUUCCGGUAUGGCUGUGAAGAGCUAGGACGUGUGUGCCUGCCUGCCAGAGGCAUGCUAGGUAUGACCACGGCUUCAAUGGAGGAGAGACAAUCACAAUUGUCCUGCACGUAAGUUGGUCCAAUUUUAUAUU